UUGAAGGGAAACGCAGACACGGGAAAUGCGCACAAUUGAAAAAAAAAGUUUGUGGAAAAGUUAUAAUUUAUAAAGCUAAAAAACUAUUGAAAAUGGCAAGUUUUACUUACAAAGAAGUCAAAGGCGACUUAUUCAGUUGCAAGAGUGACUAUUCCAUGUGCCAUUGUGUGGCCGCAGAUUUGCGUAUGGGCAAAGGCAUAGCUAUAAAGUUUCGCAACAAAUUUGGGCAAUUGCUGAACUUGCAGAAUCAGAAUGUUCAGCCCGGGGGCGUGGCCAUCAUUCAGGAUCAGCAGCGUUAUAUAUACUAUCUGAUAACGAAGAAAUACAGUUGGGGAAAGCCUAGCUAUGAACUCCUUCACAACUCCUUGAUUGCAAUGCGACAGCAUAUGAUCUCCCACCAAGUCGCCAAGUUAGCCAUGCCCCGCAUAGGAUGCCGUUUAGAUGGCCUAAAAUGGCAAAAAGUAAAGGAACUCGUCUGCACGGUUUUCCAAUCCGAUGCAGUGGAACUGGUUGUUUAUAAUUUUAAAGCUCAGAAGUAAAUGGCACAAAAUAUGCAUAAAUAUUCCAUUAUUUGUUCUGCGGUGGAACAAAGUUGUAGACCACAAUCUCCAGCGGUUCCUGGCCAAAAACGUACUCUAGAACUCCACUGACUUUGUCCCACUCCAAGCCAUCGAUGCCGCAGCCUAUUCGUGGUAUAGCCAGCUUAUCCACGUUGUUAUGGCGCUAAUAUAAGAUAUAGGUUGAUUAUUAUAGUGUCGAUAUAGGGCUCUGUAUUUAAAUUCUCAACAAAUAGCAGAAUGAAAAUAUCUUGCUAAAUAGCCUGAACAUGUACAUAUAUCUACUAAGAACUGGAAAGAUGAAAUGAAAAAUUGCUUAAGCACGAUUUUAAACAUUUGCUAGUUGCUUUAUAAUAAAGUUGGAAUUCACCACAGAA